AUGUGUGACUGGAUGUGUGACUGGAUGUGUGGAGGCGGAGCCUCGUCAUGCUUCAGUAAAUGUAAUGAUUCCAACCCGGAACAUCGGUUACAGAGUGUGACGUCAUACUGCUCCAACAUCAGCAUUCAUACCGCCAUUGAGCGGGUGAGGUUGAAAGUGUUUGACGUCGGCAAGGCGACAGCGUUAGAUGUGGGCGUGGUUUUGUACGGUUACCUAACCCCGGCGCUAUGUGCAUUGGUGUUACUUCUCAAUACUCUGUUGGUGGCCAUCUUGUCGAGAAGGAAAACAAGGUCACCGACAAACAUGAUAUUGUGCUGUAUUGCUGUUUUGGAUACAUUGACUAUACUUCUCCCAAUGCCGUGGUAUCUGUAUUUCUUCACCUCUGGGGGUUAUGAGGAGUUUGUGCCGUUUUCCUGGUGCUUGGUUUACAAAUAUAUGGGCUCAAUUCUUCCUACUGUGUGCCACAACAGUUCAUUGUGGCUCACGGUGGCAUUAGCAGGCCACCGCUAUGUAGGACUGUGCCACCCACGUAUAAGCAAGUUCACGUCAUCAUACAAAGCCGUGACGAUAUGUCUGUUUGUCAUCUUGAUUAUCACAACAGUAAUGCAGUCCACGAUUCUCCUGCUUGAGGACGUGGAACCCGUACGAGUGGUCGGGAAGGAACUCUUCGUCACUUCCGGUUUGAAAUAUGUCGACACAUGCUCCAUUGUUAUUAAAGCUGAAAAAGAAAAUUAUUUAAUCUCGGUGCAAGUUUAUUUAUGGGCUAGGAUGGUUGUCGUUGAACUCCUGCCCACGGCGAUGUUGUUGAUCUUCAAUAUGUUUCUCCUGAGAAAGACAUGCGAAAGUUACAGAUAUCGACGUAAGCUCGUAAACGGAAACGCAGCUAUGUGUAAAUCCGACUUCCGGGAGUGCAUGCGCACAACCAUCAUGUUGCUAACGCUUUGUACAUUUUGUGUUUUGGUACAGAUUCCUGCCGCAACCAUUUUGUUUCUGAUGUUUAUACAAACAAACACAGGUUCUCGUAUGUUCACUUUGCGUGGAACGAAAGUGGCUGUUACGUUAGUAAAUUUCGGGUUGUUUCUCAGUUUUCCCGUCAAUUUUGCUAUUUGUCUUGGAUUGAGCGAGAAGUUCCGAAAUACACUGAAGCACAUGCUUACGUCGCGAAAUCGCUCACAAUCCGUUUCCGGUGUAUCCACAAGCAUGUUCAGUAUGAAGCCGGGCAAUACACAUGAUGCCCAAAGUAGCAGUCCUAUGCUACCAUCUGUACCAACCAACAUAUGCUAUAAAACUUCUCUAUAG